GAUGCUGCUGGUAAUCAGGUAUGGAUAUGUCCCGCAUGUAAAAUGCAAGAUGAUGGAAGUCCAAUGAUAGGUUGUGAUGAAUGUCCUGAUUGGUAUCAUUGGGUUUGUGUCAAUAUUGUUCAAGAACCACCUGAAGAUGAUGAAUGGUUUUGUCCAAGAUGUCGACAGAAUAAAAAGGAGAAACCAAAAGUUAAGAAAAAAAAGAAGAAAAAAGUGUAA